ACAACUGUGACAGUAUGUGUUGUGAGGGAUGCCCAUUUUGGCUGCUUGUUCUCCCACAGACCAAAAGCCAGUUAUGGCUGCCGUUAGUCUCCAGGCGUCCCGUCGUUUCAUGUUUAUCAAUGUUGGCGAUUGCUUAAGGUUGUAGGUGGGCCAUAACGUUCUGCUAAUUUUGCAUUUUGUCUGGUCUCUCCAUCUACAAUCUGCGAUUCGGAGGUAUUUUAGGGAAAUUGCCCUCUUGACUGCUCUGUUUAGAUUCGCCAAAAGCGCUGACAUCCUACAUGAUGUCUACUUUCAGUAUUCAUAGAGGUUGGUCUCCAUCUGGUAUCGCUAGGAACGAAAAGGUCUCUGCGUGACUUAAUCCCAAGCAGGCUAACCUAGCCUAACCUAUUUCGAAUUAAUUUCUCAAUUACUUAACUGAUUAGUAUUUUGUUGAGUAUUCAUUAUUUUUUAAAACUGUUUCACACUUGCGAGGUUAACUAUUAACUUUUGGCAUUUCUUCAAAGAAAUAGAGUUGCAGACUUUAUGUACUCCUUGCCAUAGUUCAUUGACAUUUUAAAUUUUUUUUUUUUUUGCCCAACGUUGAACUUAAUGCCGUUCCAUAGAUUUUCAAUGUGUUUAAGGUCGGCGCUUGUGCUGGCCCAUCCAGAACUGCUAUUUUUUCUUUGGAAACCCAAUUUUUUGCCACUUUUGUUCUAUGCUCGAGGUCGUGCAUGAAUAACCAGUUGAGUGGCAUAGACUCGAAGAAAUAUGGCUCCAUCGCAUUUUCGAGAAAAUCAAGAUAGGCAAACUUGUCCAUAAUGCCAGUUAUUCUCAAUAUUGGUCCAACGCCGCUCCACGAAAAUUAUCUCUAACCUUUCAAAGUUACCCCCAACGUGCUUUAGGGUCUUUAUUGCGCAACUGCGCUAUUUAUCUGUCCAUAGCCGUAUGUACACACCAUCGGACAACUUACAUUAGCUCGUAUCAAUAUCUCCACGUGAUAUAAUCAGUACCUAUGUAGAUAUAAGAUUCAACGGAGUUCAUCAUUCACGCACCCAAGUCCAUUCAUAUGAAACAACAAAUAUACGGACAUAUGUACAUACAUCAUCGCAGCCUAGUAGUACAAAUAAUCAACGGCAAAGGUGCACCCGAUAAGUGCCCGCCGAGUUGCUCUACACAAAAUCAAUCACCGUUGCAAUAUGCCAAUAGGUUCGGGUUGACACGCUGAUAAAGACAUUGAGAAGAAAAGAUAAAAACCAAGAAACAAACAUAUUAAUCACGAGGGGAUGUUGGUAGCGAUUGGAGAGCAACCAAAUUGUCAUGGCAUUUGAUGACGAGCAAUGUAAACGGGAAUAUUUUGAGGGCAACACUAUCAGAUCGAAGCAGAAAAUUGCUCCGGAUAGAGUAAAAUUUUUGCAAAAACAGUAAUAAGCAAAACGUGUCAGUAGAUGGAGCUGCAAGUAGAAGAUUUAUUAGUUCAAGUGCAAAUUUUAGUGGAGAAAAAAUAUUUUCAUUACUUUUGAAUACUAAAAGUUUCACGUGAUCCAAAUGACGCGUCGCGGGAAAUUCGUAGUGAACAAAAUGGGCAAUGCGACCAUCCACUUCAACAGGAGCACCGCACAGUCACUCCCAACUCCACAGCAACACUGCCAAAAUAUCAGCAGCCCUCAUCAGCCAACAGUCUGUAGGCGCGUAGCCUCACCACCCACACUGACGCUUACGCAAAAGCUCGAAUUCGUAUUGACGCUGAUUAAUCGAUUGCUGAUCGGCUUCAUAACGAUUUAUUUGUGUUGGAUGAGUUUACGUCUAGAUCGCAAAGAUAUCCCAUGGCAUGCGGUGCUUUGUACACUGGGAUUCCUCUGCUUGAUGUCCGAAGGUCUAAUGGCCUACUAUCGUGGUAAUGUUUGGACCCAGGUGUGCCAGCGUCAGGAGAAAGCGCGGCUGCAUUGGGUGCUACAGCUUUGCGGCUCCAUAAUCGGUCUGAUCGGUAUUGUUAUAAAAAUGUGUUUGGAGGAGGUGCAUUUUCACACUCGACAUGGCAUACUAGGACUUGCCACCAUGAUAAUCUUGCUCAUCAGUCUCUUAAGCGGUCUAGGCUCACUUUAUGCCACGGAGCUGAAAAGCCGUCUACAACCACGUGUCAAUAAGGCUCUGCACAACAUUAUUGGCCUGAUGACCUUCACACUAGCCAUGCUGAGUAUGUAUUACUCUUUUGAGACGAAGCUUUUUAACGAUUACUCGUUAGAUGCAGCUGCUUACAUGGAUUUCCGGCACCUUUUGGAAAUUACAACAGUUAUUAUAUUUGUGUUGAGCACAUACGGACCAUUGUGGUGUUUGUUUCAUAGUCGAUUGUGAAAUAAAAAAGAAUAUUUUUAAAAAAGGAAAUACGAAAUGAAUACAAAUAUAUAAGAUUUAAUCAUGAUUCAACAAUAAAAGGUUUGACUCAGUAAGCAGCUUGCUCGUUCCCUCUGGACAAAUUGGCUCCCUUAGCACGGCACUGGGUUGUCACCUCUAGAAAUUUUAAAUUAAAGUGGAGGAAAAGUAAAAACAUUUCGUUUUCAAAAGAGAACUUGCUCGGUGCGUCCCUGACCAAAACGACAUAGAAAACAUCUUGACAUACCGCUUAAAUCAGGAUAUAAUUGGGCAAUGCGCGUGAAAGUUGGCCAUUUUGACAAUUUGAGCCCGAUGUCUUUCAAAUAUGUAGCUACAUAUAGGUUGCGGAAUCGCUAACUACGUUUCUUUAGAAACACAUAAGUUACCUAGAAGAGCUCAUUUAGCAAUACGUAAUUAAUCACAGCCUCCGAACGGCAGAUGGGUUUUCAUGAGGAGCUCUUUCAGGGCAUAAAUACACUCGGAGAUUUGCCAUUACCCGCCGAGGGGCGAUAUAAAAAUUAAUUUAAACAGGCACAGGUGGUUUUUCAAGUAGUCAGAAGUGCAAGAGUAAUCGUGGCUUGGGUGUCCAAACUGCGAACUUACGGGGGCAAAGCAUAGCGUACUCACGUACACUCAAAGUUUGUUUUUAGUAAACUAAAUGUAUGAAGAAUCCGUUUUUAUUCUAUGAAAGAAUUUAUUAGGGCCAUAGCACUUAAGUAACAGAAUAGCGUCAUAUUCAGUUUUGAAUUUAAAAAAUAAUUCAGAAAAUAUAUUACUUUGGGAUUAAGUUAAACCAUUUUUUUUUUUUUGUUUUCAAUAUCAUACUUGGUAAUUUCCCUUUGUAUCAUAUACAUAUUUACAUACGUAUAAAAGAUAUACAUAUGUACAUAUAUAUUAGGUGCGCAACUAAGUUCCCGCUGUUUGUCAAUAGAUGCCGCCAGCAGUGUCUUCUAGUCGAUUCUAAUAUAACCUAAACGCAGGCCCGACGUGAAGGAGGGGGAUCGGGGACUUUUUACCCCGGGCCCGGAGUUCUCAGAGGGGCCAGGACUCGAGAUUAUACGUAUUUAUAUGAAUUAGACAUAAUUGGAAAGGGCCGCCUUUUGCACUACUAUAUAACUAAUAUAUAUAACUACUAUGCUCUCUACGGCCCUGCCUAAACGUCAUAAACCAAAGUAAACAAACUGCUUCAACACAUUAGUGAUUUUGUUUUGGUAUCAUAUACUUUUGGUUUUGUGAAAAUGUCUGAUUUUGUGCCGAAUAAUCGUCAUUUGCGGGAAGUGUUGAUUUUCCUCUUUCAUUCCAAAAAAAACGGCGUCUGAAGCACAUCGAGAGCUACAAAAAGUUUAUGGAAAUGCUGCUUUAAGUGAAACAACGUGCCGAGAUUGAUUCCGUCGCAUCAAAGACGGUGAUUUUAAUGUUGACGACCGUCCUCGUGAAGGCCAAAAACCUUCGAAGACGCUGAAUUGGAGGCAUUGCUCAAUGAGGAUCCGUGUCAAACGCAAGAAGAGCUUGCUUCAGUAUUAGGAGUUACCCGCCAAUCCAUUUCCAAGCGAUUACUUGCUUUGGGAAUGAUUCAGAAACAGGGGACUUGGGUUCCUUAUGAGUUAAAAGGGAUGUUGAACGUCGUUUUUUCGCCUGUGAACACCUGCUCCAGCGGCAAAAAAGGAAGGGUUUUCUUGAUCGCAUCGUGGCGGGUGAUGAAAAAUGGAUUCAUUACAGCAAUCCAAAGAAAAGAAAGUCGUGGAAAUUGCCCGGUCAUGCUUCUACGUCGUCGCCUCGGCCGAAUAUUCGCUCUGCGAAGGUUAUGCUAUAUAUUUGGUGGGACCAAGUUGGUUUUAUUUAUUAUGAAUAGCCUCAAAAGAUGAAGAGUUUUACCGCGACGGUAUACGAGAUCUGCCAGAAAGAUGGGAAAAAGUAGUAGCCAGCGAUGGGGAAUACUUUCAAUGAUUCACUUGUAACCAUUUUUUCAGAAUAAAGUUGUAUUUUCAUCAAAAACAACAGCAAGAACUUAGUUGCGCACCUAAUACAUAACAUUUUUUUACAUGAAAAAACUAUGAGUCGCAAUUACUCAAUAAGCCGUGUAGUCUUCUUCGUUGUCGAGUAUAGCUUAGCAUCUUCUCCAUGCUUUGAACCAGCUUUUCUGCGUAGUUCGUUGUCAAACACGACUAGAUUUUGCAAACUUCACGCACGAGUUGCUUUAAAUCAUGGACUGGCCCUCCGGCAAGAUGCGGGGCUUGUUCGAGUUCCAAUCACAACCGCAGUGUUGCAUGCUUUGUGAAAGUUCGCAUUCGAUGUAAAAUUCUGGUAACAUUGUCAAAAGCAUCACGUUCGAAGUGUCAAAAAUUUGGAAAAUGUUGCACGCGAAUACAAAUAAAUCGGCAUCAAAAAUAUGGCUGUGUUCGUAAAUGCGACAUGACUUGCAGCAUAAGCAUCAGUGACAACACUGCAAGUUUGACAUUUGAUACUUCUUAUACAAUUUUUGACAAUUUGCAAUACGUUUGUUUGCAUUUUUGAACGCGUAUAAUACUAAAAUGGAAAUUUUGCUGAAUCUAACACUAGACGAAAUUUGUAAGCAAAGAAAAGAUAGAUUUUCUUUAAAUUUAAGAAAAAGAAGGCUAUUGAAGUCAAAGAGAAAAAUGUUUAGGUACAAAUGUUUGUCUUUAAAAAGAAAAAUACCUACAAACAAAUCGUUUAUUAAAACAAUAAAGUCGUUCCCCGAGGACAUUUUCUAUUCCCAUUUCCGAAUGAAUUGGGCCACUUUUAAAGUAAGGUUUUAUAAGUUUUAUGAAAAUUAAUACUUUAUAGUUUCACUUUAAUAAUUUGCUGUUGGAGGAGUCAUUGAGUGCCUUGUACCAUAAACUUCGUCGAAGUCCUCAAAAUACCUUCAGAAUGUAGCUUCUAUACCGGAAGAAUUAUUUCUUUUCUUAAUGCGCUUGUACGUUUCCA